UUAGACUGGCAUUCAUGCCUACCCCUGUUUCGUCACAAUACAAUACAACCAACGGUUCAAAGAAAAAAAAACUUUUGUAUUAAAGGUUAAUAAUAUUGUCAACCGCACAAAACUUAAUUAUAACCUAAUUGGUUCCUUUUCUCGAUGGCGAUUCGUUUUCUUCUUCUUCCAUUCAUUCAUUCUUUCUUUUUAUAUUUUUUUCCUUCCCAUCAUAGUGCAGGAAUUGUUUGCUGCUUGCUUUGCUAGUUUUGUUUGAAACUUGAAAUACAUAUUCAUCUAUAGCAAGUUUUGAGUUUCGUCUAGGCGUUGUUAUGACUUUCCGUUUUAUCGCGUGCCGCUUUUCUCUUUUUCACUUUCAUGUUCGCCUUUAUUCUAAGUGGUGUUCUCUUCUGAAAGCACUUCAUAGUGAGAUGUACUUCAGCAGCAGCAGGGCAAACUGCAUUUGGGGGAGGGACGUGCACCUUUAAUUGGCGACCCCUGUUGAAAUCUAAAAAACUGCACAACCUAAGGCGCGGCUUAUACGUUUCGGCCCCCCGACAACAUGUGAAUCCCCGGCCGGGUCCCCAAACAAUAAUAUUGUAGUCCACUCACGCCACUUGCACAUCAUCAAUGAGUGACGUGAUUCAACCCUACAGCAAAACCACCUCGUAAUUCCUACCAUGCAAUUUCCUCACUACCUCGAGUGCAAGGCAAUUGCGGCCCCUGUUCAUUCAAUUGAACAAACUAUACAUAUUUGUGUGCGGUCCCGGGGUCACAUUCAUGGCCCGACCUUCUACGGGAGUUGUAGCAGUAUCACCAACAGGGAUUCUUUACACACGGCUGACGCCCAACAGCUGACCACCAACGCCAAGAAUUGCUUAUUACAGGUUUCCUGUGUUUUUGAAAUUAGCGUACCUGGUAGAAACACAACCAAGUUUAGGAAAUCGAAGACUAUGGCGCUUAAUACCUGGAGUUAUGCAACAAGGUACAUUAUGAAGGUAAUCGUCCCGGGAUACCUGCGUCGCGUGAGGCAUGGUAACACGACCGAGGAGCGCCUCCUGGAAUACGUCAAGAGCACGGCAGUACAGGGCGAUGCAGCCAGCGUGCUAUCAGCUGUGGAUAAGUUCAAGGCAGAAAAAGAAUGGAUGAUGCACUUUCAAUAUGAGAAAAGACAGAAAAUCGAUGGAGUCCUCAAGAAGACGAAACCCCAAAAUGGUUUGGAACUGGGAACCUACGUUGGUUAUUCAGCCAUAGCAACAUCGAGGCAUCUCUCUGAAGGAGGUCACCUGAUUUCAGUGGAAAUCGACAAGAAAAAUGCCAGCCUCGCAAAGCAAUUCAUUGAAUUUGCUGGUGUGAGCAACCAGAUUUCCAUCGCUGUUGGGAAAUCAUCAGAUAUCAUCCCGGAGCUGCGCAGCAAGUACUCCGUAGACAAGCUGGACUACGUGUUCCUGGAUCACUGGAACAGCUUGUUCUUGCCCGACCUGAAGCUGCUCAAGAAACAUGGCCUGCUACGAAAAGGGUCAGUCAUUGUGGCUGACAAUGUCCUGUAUCCUGGCAGCCCUGAUUACUUGCAGUACGUGGAGAAUAGCGGCGAGUUCACCACUGAGCGGUUCGACUGCUACGUUCAGUUUAUGCGCUUGCAAGACGCCAUAGCAAUCUCUGUAUACAAUGGUGACUAAUGAUGACAAGGACCGAAACGUCGAAAUGGGUAAUCCAGUCCUCAAAUUACCUUUUACAACUGAAGUGUGUAUUAAGAACUCCGAAAGGGUACAGAGUGAAAUGAAACGAGGGGUUCGUGAAGCAAAAGUCUAACACUUCUCCAGCACCGCACAUGCAAAUUGCAUGAAAUGAAACCCAGUGCAUGUACUUAAAGUCUCUAUAAUGUUUGUAAUAGUGGGCCUACACCUAGGCCUCUUUUUGAAGGUCUAACUCAAAUGUUAUUCUAAUGCUUUGGUUUUAGUCUGAAAAUAAUUUCUGCUUAAACGUGGUGGAUCUCAUAUUUUACUGGCCGAAUACUCGUGGUUUUAUUUGGGUUGUAUGGAAAACGUAAAACUUGUCCCAUGUUGUCUUAUAUCUGGCACCAACUUCUGACGAAAUUUAUGGUUAAUGGAAAUUUGCACUGCACCGAUAGACUUGUAAAAAUUUUGAAACCUGACACUUGUGAGGAUUUACAACUGAGAUGCUGCAGCGGUUAUCUGUGAAUUUCAGGAGUCAAAAACAUUAAUUGUAGCAGGUGCCUCAAAUAAUUUAAAAUGCAUGAGAGAACCUACCAGUAUUAAAUUUAUUAUCUUUGAACUAGGGGUUUAGUUACACUACAAGUGCAUUUGAAUAAUUGUUUUGACAAGGCUCGAAUCUGAAAUCAUAUUUGACAACCAGUGUUCAUUUACAAAAGAGUUAUACUUUUUCUUACAAGUUAAAAUGAAAGUCAAGCUGGAUGGGUACGAAAAUGCCUGAUUUAGUAUUUGCAACUGGAGUGCACUGUUUUGGUGAAUUGGUUAAUAAACGGUUCUUAUAAGUAACAUUUACAUCUCUUUCUGAACCUGAAGAAAAUUUGUUUUACAGUUUGUUUGAUAUCAAUGGUGAGGGGCAAAUGCCUCAACUUAGUGGAAUAAAUUGAGUACAGCCCCGUCGAUAUUUGGCUGAAGAGACGGCCAUUUCCUUA